AAAUUUUUAGUAAUUGAAAGUUAGAUAUUAACUGAGUUUUUAGAUUUAAGUUAUGUAAAUUGGUGAUUAUGAACACCGUAGGUUCUGAGCCUUGUGCUUUUGCGGGACCCGUUCACGAGUGCACGGCGUCUGUUUCUCUCCUGGUUUUGGGGCGCCCGAGGGGUGGCCAUAAGGAUCAAGGCAUUCCUCCAAUCCCAGCUGCUAGCCCCUCUGCCCAAGCUGCUCCUCAAGAGGGAGGGAUGAGUAACCCUCAAAUGGCCACUUUUUUUCAGAAAUUUAUGGCAGAGAUGAAAUGCCAAGCAUCUUUUGCCGCGAGUGUGCCACCUCCAUCCCUAGUGGUUUCCACUCCUACGGCCCCUGCUCCUAUUUCACCUGCUCUUAUAUCUUCUUGUCACACCCCAAAACCAAGAGCGAAACAAAUGCCGUGCACUUAGGAAUGGAUCCCAUAAUGCACAAGACUCGAAACUUACUGAGUUCAUAAUUACUAGUUCAGAUAAUUCAGAUUUAGAAACUCCGGUAAUAUCUAAUUUCUCUUUUUUUUUUCUAAAUAUUUACUAGUCGAAAUAUACAAGGAUUUAUAAC